AUGGCUGAACAAACGCCCGAUUUUAAGCUCAUAUUUGAGAAAGAGGGAGUUUAUCUUCACACAAACGCCAAGAGAAGCAACGUGGACACCAGCAUCCCAGGGUUCAUCCGGAUCGUGGAGCGGGCCGGGGUUCCAGCCUUAGAGUGGAGUCCUGUGGAGGAUGAUGGACGCACAGCUCCAGCCGUGCUCUUCAGCAAGAAGGAGGGGGAAGGGGGGCAGGAGGAGUCUCACUUUGAGCCCGGGUAUGAGCCGGACUGGGCUGUGAUCAGCACCGUGAAGAGGAGAGAACCAGCACCUUCCAAGGACUCAGGGGAGUGGGCCUUCUCGUUGCCUCUGUCGGAGCUAUACUCUCUGCGUCGCGCUCGCUUCUCGUUGGGCAGGAACUUCCUGGUGCUGACCAGCAGAGGGGGACACCCUCUGCCUCCACUGCACUUCCACAGAGGAGGCACCAGAGAGCUACUGAGAGCCAUGCACCACUACAUUCUCCUCAACCCGUCUCCCAUGGAUGCUCGGCUCUUUCUGGCUUUUCCCAACAACUCGGGCGAGAUCUCCCCAUCGUUUGACCGACUCAAUCUUCUUGACGACGGCUCUGAGCUGGUCCAGAGGUUCAUUCAUGACCCGUACGCCACCACGUUCGGAGGAUUCUCCAAAGUCACAAACUUCUUCCGCGCUGCGAUCAAACCUCCAGACUCCCUCCACCGCAGGGGACCACACGACCCGUCUCUGCCCCACGAGGAGGAGCCCGAGUUCGAGCUCAUCAACUGUGGCGUGGAGCUGGGGCCUCGACCUCAGGUGACCAGGGGACGCCCUCUGGACCAAUGGGACGAGCUGCUUGACUCUGAGGGACGAGUACGGGAGCCCGACAGGGUCAAAGAGCUGGUGUUCAGGGGGGGUGCCUCUGCUCCUCUGAGGAAGGAGCUGUGGAAGUUCAUGUUGGGCUUCUAUCCCUGGAGCAGCACAUACUCUGAGAGAGAGGAGCUACUGCGUCAGAAGACAGAUGAAUAUUUUCGGAUGAAGGUUCAGUGGAAGUCUGUGAGUGAAGAGCAGGAGAUGAGGAACUCUCUGCUGCGGGGAUACAGGAACCUGAUUGAGCGUGACGUCAGCAGAACAGACAGAAACAACACUUUUUUCUCCGGAAACGAAAACCCAGGACUCACUUUACUGCACGACGUCCUCAUGACCUACUGCAUGUACAACUUUGACCUGGGGUAUGUCCAGGGCAUGUCGGACCUCCUGGCUCCUCUUCUCUUCGUGACUCAGAACGAGGUGGAGUCUUUUUGGUGUCUGACCGGCUUCAUGAACUUCCUGCACCAGAACUUUGAAGAGUCUCAGGAGGCCAUGAAGAAGCAGCUGCUGCAGCUCAGUCUGCUGCUGCGGGCGCUGGACCCUGAGCUCUGCGACUUCCUCGACUCGCAGGACAGUGGGUCUCUCUGCUUCUGUUUCCGGUGGCUGCUGAUCUGGUUCAAGAGAGAAUUCUCCUUUGAAGACAUUCUAACACUGUGGGAGGUGCUGUGGACUCGUCUGCCGUGUGAGAACUUCCAUCUGCUGGUGGCCUGUUCCAUCCUGGAGUCUCAGAGGGGGGAGCUGAUCGGGUCAGACCAUGACUUCAACACCAUCCUCAAACACAUAAAUGAGUUGACCAUGAAGCUGGAUCUGCAGAGCAUCCUGUGUGGAGCUGAGGCCAUCUACCUGCAGCUGCUGACCUGCAAGGAGUUACCAGUGAAGGUGCAGGAGGUUCUGGGUUUGUGCGUCGCUGCUCCGAGUUCUGACAGCAGUCCAGAGUCUGAGACCAGCGAGAACGAGCGGCUGGUGGACCAGCAACUCCACCAUGAGAACUGA